AUGUCGGCAGAACCUUCGGUUAACAACAAUCGUCAACCUAAGCCAUCAGUUAAUCCUGCUCGUCAUAGCGAACCUGUAAACUUAGGAGAUGACAUGAUCGAUCGGAUUGCCGUCCGAGUUGCGCAAAUCCUUGCCAACGCACAGGGACGCGAACGUCAGAAUACAGAACGAUCAGGGCAAUCUGAGGGAAGCACUGCACCUACACCUACACCAACUCCACGAGAAGAACCUCGCCCGGAAAAGAAGGUAGAUGAUACGAAAGUAUCUAAAGCUAUAGAAACAGAAAUCUCUAAAGAAUGUAAUUACAAGACUUUCAUUUCAUGUAAUCCUCCUUCAUUCGACGGGAAGAAAGGUGCUAUUGAGGCACAUGAAUGGCUAAGUGAGGUAGAAGCCAUUCUAGACGUCAGUGAUUGCCAUGAAAGAAAUGUUAGGUUUGCUGUUCAUUUGUUUAAAUCCGAAGCCUUAUUUUGGUGGAGGAUACAAAAGCAAACUAGAGGUGAUGAUCUGGCACAUCGCCUGAGUUGGAAGGAGUUUUCAGAACUGUUUACAAAUUACUUCUGUCCACCAAGCGAAACUGACAGAAUAGAAAAGGAAUUUUUGCAUCUUGAACUCGGGAAUAAGACAUACCGGGAAUAUGUCACCAAAUUCAAUGAAAUGUCUCGAAUAGUGUCUUACUUGGUGAACCAUGAAGAAAAUCGUAUUCGAAGAUUCAUGUGGCGACUCCCCACAGAAUAUCGCAUGUUUAUCAAGUCUACCAAACCAACUACCUAUCAUGAUGCGGUAGAGGCUGGGGCAACUAUCGCCACUGAGAUCCAACAAAAGAAAACCCCAGAAACUAUCCCGAAAAGGAAAUUGGAAAACUACCAGAACAAAAGAAACCCAAUUACAGAGAUUUCAAGAGGCAACGAGGACCCCCACCUAGGUGCCCAACUUGUGGAAAAGGACAUUCCGAUCCAUACUCCUUGUAAGCUAGAUAAGCCAUUUAUAGUAGAACUAGCAUAUGGGAGGGAAGAAGAAAUUGUGAGUGUGGUAAAGGAUUGUACCAUCCAGAUUAGUAAGACCCCAAUAUCCAUAGACUUACUACCACUGAAACUUGGAGAGUUCGACGUAAUAAUAGGAAUGGAUUGGUUAUCUAGUCACCAAGCUCAAAUAUUGUGUGAUAAGAAGCAAAUUCAAAUUAAGGACCCAAAAGGGGGAACUGUAACAAUUGAUGGGGAAAGACCUAGUAAACCCAUAAGUUUUAUUUCCAUGAUAAAAGUAUCCAAGUGUAUUCAAAAGGGUCAUUUAGCUUACCUAGUAUAUGCACUAGAGGCAAAGGAAGAAAAGAAACUAGAAGAGGUAGCAGUAGUGGCUGAAUUCCCUGAAGUAUUCCCUGAAGAUCUUCCCGGAUUACCACCUGACAGACAAAUUGAGUUUAGAAUCGACUUGAUCCCCUAUAAAGAAUCGAUCCCACUCCCAAGAAUCGAUGAUCUUUUUGAUCAAUUACAAGGCGCAAGGUACUUCUCGAAGAUAGACCUAAGAUCUGGGUAUCAUCAACUAAAGGUUAGAGAAGAAGAUAUACCCAAGACUGCCUUUAGGACAAGGUAUGGUCACUACGAGUUCCUAGUGAUGCCUUUCGGCCUCACUAAUGCACCAGCUGCCUUCAUGGACCUUAUGAACCAAGUCUGCAAACCAUACUUGGAUCAAUUUGUAAUCGUCUUCAUAGAUGGUAUCCUAAUCUACUCUAAGAGUAGAGAAACACACGAGGCGAUGCCUCUAACGACACUGACUCAGAAAAAUACCCCAUUUGUCUGGGGCAGCCAACAAGAAGAAGCUUUUAAUCGUUUGAAAACAAAGUUAUCCAGUGCCCCAGUACUUGCAUUACCUGAGGGUACCGAAGAUUUUGUAGUAUAUUGUGAUGCUUCUCAUUAUGGACUAGGGUGUGCGUUGAUGCAAAUAGGCAAAGUUAUCGCCUAUGCAUCUCGACAGUUAAAGAUACAUGAAAGAAAUUACACCACCCAUGAUCUAGAACUCGGAGCAGUAGUAUUUUAUAUAUUUGAGCAAAAGAUGAUGAACAUGAGACAGAGGAGAUGGAUGGAGUUGUUGAAUGACUAUGAUUGUGAAAUUCGUUACCAUCCAGGAAAAGCUAAUGUAGUAGCAGAUGCCCUUAGUCGGAAGGACAAAAUUAACAAAGAAAGGAUGGUGGGAAAACAAGAACUACUUGUUAAAGGAGAAGAUGGAAUACUAAGACUCCACAAUAGGAUUUGGAUACCUAUUGUGGGAGGACUCAGGGAUAUGGUGAUGGAAGAAGCACAUAGAUCAAAGUAUACAAUGCAUCCUGGCAGUACGAAGAUGUACAAGAAUAUUCGAGAUGAAUAUUGGUGGCCAGGGAUGAAGCAAUCAAUCAAUGAAUAUGUGGAAAAAUGCAUGACGUGUUCACAGGUCAAAACAGAACAUCAGAAGCCUGCAGGAUGUUUAUUCCAACCCGAGAUCCCUGAAUGGAAAUGGGAGAUGAUAACCGUGGAUUUCAUUACUAAACUUCCACGAACUAAGAAUGGUCACGAUACUAUUUGGGUUAUAGUAGAUCGUUUAACUAAGUCUGCUCAUUUCUUGCCAAUACGAGAAGAUUAUAAAAUGGAUAAAUUAGCAAGAAUUUAUGUCAAAGAAAUUGUCACCCGUCAUGGAGUACCUAUCUCCAUUAUAUCAGAUAGAGAUAGCCGUUUUACGUCCAGAUUUUGGCAAAGCUUCCAAAAGGAAUUGGGAACAAAAGUAAAUUUAAGUACGGCUUAUCACCCACAGACAGAUGGCAAAAGUGAAAGAACCAUACAAACACUGGAAGACAUGCUUAGGGCAUGUGUGAUAGACUUUGGAGGAAACUGGGAUGAGCAUUUACCUCUAAUAGAGUUUGCAUACAAUAACAGUUAUCACGCAAGCAUCAAGGCGGCUCCGUUUGAAGCACUAUAUGGAAGGAAGUGUCGUACCCCAGUUUGUUGGACUGAGAUUGGUAGAAAUCCAUUAGCUGUACCCGAAAUUAUUGAAGAAACUACCAAUAAAAUCAUACAAAUCCGAGAAAGAAUGAAGACUGCUAGAGAUAGACAGAAAAGUUAUGCCGACAGACGAAGAAGACCCUUAGAAUUUCAAGUUGGCGACAAGGUAUUACUUAAGGUCUCGCCUUGGAAAGGUAUUAUUCGUUUCAGGAAGAAAGGAAAACUAAGUCCGCGCUAUAUUGGACCAUUUGAGAUAAUCGAAAGAGUUGGUCCUGUAGCAUAUAGGUUAAAAUUGCCAACAGAAUUACAAGGAAUUCAUGACACGUUUCACGUGUCAAAUUUAAGAAAGUGUCUAGCGGACGAGUCACUUAAGAUACCCUGGCAGGAGAUCCAGAUCAAUGACAAGUUGAACUUCACAGAGCGCCCCAUUCAGAUCAUAGAUCGACGCAUAAAGAAAUUAAGAAACAGGGAGUUUCCUCUAGUACGAGUCAAAUGGGAUGCAAGGAGAGGACCUGAAGAGACAUGGGAAAAAGAAGACGAGAUGAAACAAAAAUAUCCACAUCUCUUUGCUUAA